AUGACUAAAAAUUUCGAUUUCGACUUGGACGAUCCAUUAGGUGAUUUAUUGAGCGAUGAUAGUGCAAAUGAUUUUUUUGAUGAGAAAUUUAAAAGAAAAGAUAGUGAUAAAUUAGUAGAAAAAGCCAAGGAUAGAUCCAAAAUAAUAUCAGAUUUAUUUGGAAUUGCUGAAACAAAGAAUCAAACUGUUGUGCCAAGUCGAUUGGGUCAAGAAACCCAAGAGAAAAAGAUUGAAAUUCAAGGAAGUAAUAGAGAUUUGGAAUCACCUUCUCCUAUAGUUGGUUCCAAUAAGAAGGCAUCUUGGCUUGAUUUUGCCAGUACAAAUAAAAGCUUAGAAGAUACCAGUAAAAUUCAUAAUAAACAAGACAUAUUUGAUAAUGAUUCAAUUUUAGACGAUUUAUUAGGUAAAUCAUUAUCAAAGCAGAAUUCAAAGGAAAAUGAUUUUGAUAAACCUGAAGCCAAGCCUGCUACUGGUUCGUCCAUUGCUUUUGGAGGAUAUGCCCCAACAGUAAAAAACGAUACUAUAUCAAACGAAAAAAAUAUUAUGGAAAGAAAUCCAAGUAGGAGAAGAAGAAGUUCAAAAAAUGUACUGGAUCCACUGGGACUUUUUGCCAGGAAACCAGUGCUAGAUGAUGAUGAAGAAAUCCCCAAAAAGGAGAACAAAACGACUGAAUCAAAACCAAGUGAUAAUAAAAAAUCCACAGACCAGGAUUGGUUGGGAAUUAACCAAGAAAAGACGGUUAAACAAGUGCCAAAUGAACCCGAACUACCUUCUUGGCUAGGUGGUUCCACUGCUAAUAAGACUGCUACGAAAAAAUCUAAUGAAAAGACUGAUUUAGAAAAAUCUACUGCGCCAAUACAAGAUACUAGUAAAGAGCGAGAGCAACAAGAACCAGAAAGAGUUGAACAUUUGCAAACUAACGAUGAGAGUACUGUAGUAAAUAAAUUUUAUGAAAAUUCUAUGAAUCUUCACAGUCAGCAAAUAAUAGCAAUGAAUGCUCUAAAACAACAGGAAAGCCAAAUACUUAUGGCAGCAAAACUUAGAGGACAAGAAGAACAUAUGAACUUUCUACAAAAACGUCAGCAAGAAGUCCUGAUGCGACAAGAAUCACAUUUCCAAAACUUACUAGAAAAGCAAAUGCAACGCCAAAUUGAGCUCGAAAAUAAUUUGCGUAUACAACAAGACAAAAUCAACUCACAUCUUGAAGUAUUAAUGGCACAACCAAGUACCAGUCAAAAUAAAUCAGAGAAGGAAAUCAAGGAGAAUUUAAGAGCCGAGAUGAUUCUUGAACAAGAAAAGUUAAAAAUGGAAACUGAAAAAAUGUAUUUGAAAGAUACUUUGGAUGCGAUUAAAGAAAAACACAAUAUUGAAAUAGAUUAUUUAGAGGAAUCCUAUAAACGACAACUUUCCACAAUAGAACAGUCCCGUUCUGAUGUUGAAAAACGACUUCUUUCCGAGAACAAAAAUUUAACAGAAUUUUAUGAAUCAAAAGUAAAAAUGCAUCAAAAAGAUUUGGAUAAUAUGAAACAUGAACAUCAACAAAUAAUAGACAAUAUAAGGGAAGCAAAGCAGUCUGAAGAUACACUUGUACGUGAAAGUAGUACCCAUGCAUUUAAGCUGAAAGAUGCGACCAAUUUAUUAGAAAAAAGUUGUGAAGAUUUAACGCAACUUAAUAAAUCUUGGGAACAAACAAAUGCUCAACGGGAAAUUUUACUUAAAAAUAAGGAAGCUGAAAUUAAAUCAAUGCAAGAAAAUCUGAUGGAUCUUCAGAACAAGUAUGAGGUUGAGCGCAGCCGUAUGGUGGAAAUUGUAAAAAAUUUGGAAAAUCGGCUUCUUGAAAGCAAUCGCACUCUUGCAGAAGAAAAGGAAUCCUUAAGAACAAAAGAACAUAUUUUAGAGCUUAAAGAGAGAGAUAUUGAGCGUGACAGACGAGCAUUAGACGAUAAAUGCGAACGCGAUAUGCAAAAAUUGGAGGCUAUGAAGAAAGAAUUCGUGCAGGAACAAGAACGUGCCAUGAGCAGAAUAAAUGAGGAACGAAAAAAUAUACAAUCGGAAAAGAUGCGAAUUGAAACAUUGGCUAAAUUGCAAAACAUCAAUGAUCCUAGGAACAACCGAGCCGAGAUUGAUGCUGCCAUCAAUGCUGCAAAUGAUGCUGCAAAUAUAGCUCAACGAGAAAAAUCUAAAUAUUUAGAAAAACAACGCCAUUUGCAAAUGAAGGCUCAAGAACUUUAUGAGCAUGAACGGAAUUUACAAUUGAGAGCAUCUGAAUUGAAUAUGGCAUUGGAGUCAGCAAUCCAUAACCGUAAAGCCAGUGAAAAAAUAAUACUAGCAGCUCGCCAAGCCGAAAAAGAUUUCUUAGCCAAAACUCGAUCAGUGGAGGAUCAAGUAAAUUUGAUUCGAGAACAAGAAUCAAAAAUUGAAUUGGAGAAACAACAUUUAUCGAAAGUACGAUUAGAUUUGAUGAUGAUUAAGAAGAAAAUAGAAAGCAAACAAUGUAGUUUGUGCAAAAUUGGAGAAAGCAUACGGGAAAAGAACAAUUUUCAGUUGCGAAAUAAUACUAAAAAUUCACAGAACGCAACUAAUUUUCGAAUAGGUUUGGAUAACAACAGCGACAUUCUGCAACACGGUUUAGACCUAAAUUUGCAGAGUGAUCAGUUUCCUAGCUUGAAUAAUCCGAAAGUUGAAGCUUUCACACUUGGCAACCAAAGCAAUCUCCAAAAUAUAGGUUUUCCUGAUAAUUUUAACAUGACAACUAAUUUUACCCUUGGCAACAUUUUGGACAGUUUUGAACCAACGCUCGAUCAGAAUUUUACAGAUCUUGACCCUCAAUUUAUGAGUAAACUGAACAUUGAAACAUCUGGUCCAACAAGCUUCUUUGAUAAAAGUUCUUUAUUCAGCACUAGAGAUUUGAUGCAUUUAGAAUCAGAUAAUUGGCUUGUGGGAGAAUUUGGACCAGAAACCACAAAUUUGAAUUUUAUUAAGCAUUUGUCGAAUAAUGCUAAAAACACUGAUAUCAAUUUAGGAGCAUCGACAUCUACAAACGUGCAGCCAGAUGCAAAAUUGGAGGAACUAUAUUUCAACAGUAAUUUUAAUGAAAUGCAGAAACCAGAACGUCUAGAUAUAUCACCUGGAGAAGAGAAUAAAGACAACAAAAGUGCUUAA